AUGAGACUCUCGCUUCUAUUCUUCAACAUCUUGCUGCUGCCUCUUCAAUCUGCCGCAUCACCGGCAUUCAUCCCCUCCGCAGUGAUACCUGCUCAGAGCACAAUCACCUCGCCUCCUUCCAUUGUAGUACCGCCUUCCCGCCGCGAUGAUAGAUUCGCGCCAAGUAUACCUCCGCUCUCACUAGACCUACCAUCAAUCGCUGCGCCGUCGAUACCACCAGUCUCCCUCGACCUCCCUACCCAGACCUGCACCCCUGGCUUCAGUGCAUACGCAACUCCGGGCGUUGAUGGCUACGUCCCCGCGGAUUCAUGCAAUGCGCUAUGGGUGUACUUCCCGAACUUCGCUGCAGCAGUGGCUUUUUCCAUUUUGUUUGGCAUCCUCACAAUCGCACACCUGACUCAAGCAGUCGUGUAUCGUAACGGCUUUUGCUGGGUUGUCAUCAUGGCCUCUCUGUGGGAGAUGGGUGCAUAUGCUUUCCGCGCUCUCGGAUCCAAGAACCAGCAAUCCUCUGGCAUUGCGACUGUUGCCCAGAUCUUAGUUCUGGUGGCUCCCAUCUGGGUCAAUGCCUUUGCAUACAUGGUCUUUGCUCGAAUGGUUCACUUCUAUUCGCUCACUCGCAAAGUCUGGUUUCUCUCGCCUUCUAUCCUCGCUCUGGUCUUCGUCACCCUAGAUAUCGUUUCUUUCGUCGUUCAACUCAUCGGUGGUGGAAUGGCUGGCCCUGGUGCAAGCGCGGAUGCACAAAAGAAGGGCCUGAGCAUAUACAUGGGCGGAAUUGGUAUGCAAGAGGGCUUCAUUGUUCUUUUCUUGGGCUUGGUCGUCAAGUUCCAUUGCGACCAGCUACGGGCAGAAAGAGUCGGACGACUAACUGCAGACAAGAUAGGUAGCUGGAGGUGGUUGAUCGGGGCGCUCUAUGGAUGUCUGCUGGCGAUCACAGUUCGAAUCGUCUACCGCCUCGCUGAGUUCUCUGGUGGUCUUGACCACAGCAAUCCUCUUCCGAGUAACGAGCCCCUCCUGUACGUUCUGGAGUCGACACCAAUGUGGUUGGCCAUCUUGGUAUGGAACAUUGUUCAUCCAGGUCGCUUCAUUCGUGGCGAUGGCGCUAAGAUGCCGCGUUCAUGGCUUUCUCGCCACCUGUGCUGCUGCUGUCACAAACGUCGCUGCAACGAAUGUCAUAGCAAGCUCGGCCACGGCAGGCUUCAUCACCACCAUGUGGCAGAUGAUGCAGAACUAGAGAACGGCAGGGAAAUGUAUCCUAUCGAGAUGACCCCCGCGGAUCGCGUCGUUGCCACUCCGGUCGAUCCUUUCCUGGACGCAUCAUCUCGUGCCUCGUCUCCGUACGGCCCAGACAGAGGGCGGGAACGAUGUCGGUGA